CCUUGCAUCCGCAUUGAUACAUCUAUGGACGCAUUUCGUUGGCUUUUACGCAGCGUCAGUUCAGGAUCGGAUCAGUCGAAGUGCUUUCCUGAGGGCACGUAACGCGUUUACGGCUGAACAAAAAGCCGUUCAACAGAACUCCGCAUUGGUGAUUAAUUUUUGGAAAAUGACAAUCUUUUUUCACUAAAGAAAAUUGUUUCAUGAAAAUGAUAGCACUCAUCACGAGAUUUUGUUUCAUUCGGCUAUUUACGGUUUGGCAAAUGCAAAAAAUCAUCGCAGCUUACAGACUGAACUAGUGUCCUCUGUGGUACCACCGCAUUUGGUUCAUGGAAUUCGACAGUAUUUCACCAAAACUUCACCAACUCUCUACACCGAACAGUACGCUCAAGUGACUUGUGCAACCUUGAAAGCAUCAAUCAGUAUGGAGUUUUUCAGUGUUUUUUAUGGACGAUUGAUUGGUCUCGAGGAAAUCUGCUCGCAGUGCAGUCCACAGGACAGCGCUCGCUUGCUGAAUGAAUUCAACUCGCGGAUCGAUCAAAUUGCAAAAAAGUCUAACUGUAUCCGAUUGCAAUCAGAUGGAAUUCUCAUUGUGGCCGGUAUACCAAAUAUUAGUGAUGAUCAUUUGCGCAAUGUUGUCUUAUUUGCCAUCGAUUUGCAAACACUUAUCAGAAGUUUUUGCGAUUCAACGAGUAUUGAAUUGGGACUGUGCUGUGGUAUUGAAUCAGGUUCAGUAUCAGCUGGUAUUGUUGGAACAACAAAAUGGCAUUAUGAUAUCAUUGGUUCACCGUUGGAUGAAGCGAUUAAUAUUGAAAGAACGAGGGUGACAAUGGUACAUAUUUUCAGUGGUAUAUUUUUGGGCGAUAACGCAAAGCAACAAUCGCAGUGUUAUGAGUUCAACAUUGAGAAGAGGGAUCGUUAUUGGUGUGUUGUACCUCAGCUAAAAACGAAUCUAUCUUCAUCUACGUUAUUCCCAAAUUUACGUCGAUUCUCACUGGUGACAGUGCCUCAAGCUGUCAAUCGUCUUCUGCAAACAAUCGCGUCAGCCUCAGAUUCUCUUCUCAAGACGAAUGCCUUGCCUGGUCGACGAAAAAAAAAAAUGGAAAAACUUUUAAGUGUUGGUGAUAAAUUAGCAAAUAAGCGAGAUCAAGGGAAGAGCUUGAUGCAGUCGCUCACUCUGAAAUUCCGAAAUGAACAAAUGGAGACUGCGGUUAGGUUUUUCUUUCAUAUGCAAUUAGAUGAGUGGUUUAUACCAGCACUGGCAAUCAGUAUAUUCUUCUUGGUCGUUUAUGGCGUUUAUCAUGUUCUCGUUCUUCCAAGACAAAUCGCAACAUUAGCAUUGAUAGUAGUUGCAUUAACAGUGAUGUUCAUUGUGCUUCUUAUGCUUUACAUAAAUUAUUUUGAGUUCUCAUGUCCACAAAGUGGUGAAUUGGAUGAGAGUUCAGAAUGUUACGUUGUACAUUUCUCGUUAUUAAGUUGUGCAAUAUGGAUGUUAUCAUCAGUGGUUUUCAUAAGAUUACCAUCAAUAGUCCAGCUAUACGCCCUACUAAUUGCUUUCAUCUUAUACUCACUACACGUUUUCGUCACUCAUCCGAUGCUUUACUAUUCUUAUUCUCAACUCAAUCAGUUCGUCAUUUACCUUUUAAAAUCAUCAUAUCUAACAUAUCGUGUUGAAUGGGAGCUGAUGUUGGGCUUGUUGACGUUAAUCGGAAUCAUUUUCAUUCAGUCGCGAAGUAAUGAACGAAUUCUCAGACUCGAUUUCAUGUCAAAACUGAAGCAAAUGCUUCUGAACGCACUUCCGUCUCAUGUAGCACAAACGUUUUACAGUAAAUCUGAAUUGCAUCAUCACUUGUGUCACAGUGUUGGAGUUGCAUUCAUUAAUGUCAUUAAUGCCUCCUUAUGUCAAGAAAGGAAGGAUGUCUACGAUUGUUUUCAGAUUCUUCUGCAACAUCAUGGUAUUGAGAAGAUAAAAAGUUGUAGUAAAAUGUAUAUUGCUGCAGUUGGUAUCUUACCAGAAACAAGCAAAAAUGUAUUAUCUUUCUAUUCAUUCUUAUUUCAUUAUUUCAAUUCUCAUUUCAUUAUACCGCUUUGUAUCGACUGUGGAUCAGUGUUAUCAGCAGUGAUAAGCAAUGAACGACCUACAUAUGAACUGAUCGGUGACCCAUGCUUGAAAGCCAGGCAAUUAAUGCAACAUGCUGCUUGUUAUGGUAUUAUGGUAUCCGAGGAAAUUUAUUUGGCGCUUAGACCGAGAAAUUUCAAUUUUGAUUCUCGUCCGAUCGUUGUAUCACCUCAGCUUACGGCAUACGUUUUCGAGGAAUCCCAUCCUACCGCUGGAUCAAUCGAUGAAACGCGUUCACAGACAGAACCACCCAUCCAUCAAGACUCAGAAAAUCCUCUUCAGAUGUUCACAUCGAUGGAUUCAUCAUUCUCAUCGGAAGUGUAUUCGAUUGACGUUGGUGUGGAGACCGACUCGGAUAUGGAAUGGAUAACACCCGAAAUGUUGAUGUAUGAAAAAAAGAAAUCACCUUCAAAAUCAUCCGUUUACAACUCAUCUUGUUGUCCUCAGAGUUCAAAUGCAUCUGAGUGCGAUAAGAAUUCGAUGAAUCAUGAGAAGGUGCACAGUGGAUGGAUGAUGAACGGACGAAAAUCGUCGAGCUGGAUGAGUAUCGGCGGUGGAUCGAUCAGGAGCGAUUUGACGAGUGCGAGUUAUGCGAAUGACAUCGAACGGCUGACAGCUGCGUCGAACCGUGUUGAUCGAAUGUUGCAAGAGUUAACAUCUGUCACGCAUGUGGAUAUCGAUAAUAAACUUGAAUGUCAUCCGUUUCCCACCGCUCUGUCAGCGUCAAAUCGAAGCCUCAGGUUCAACAGACUGAAAUAUUCUUUCAGGAGAGAAAUAUCGAGUGCUUGUCAUACGGAAUACGAUAAUGCUGAAUCUGAGGGUAUAUGCUCGGAUUCCGAAAUGUUAGAAGGUCGUCUCGAACGGAUCAAGCAUGCACUGAAAGCUGGUGAUAGCCGUAGGAAAAGGCGUCGUAAUAUGAUGUCGAAUGAUAACGGUAAUGAUGCCGAUAUCGACAGUGUAUGUUCCUCUCUUAACGCAUCGUCGAUUUUUGAUAACUUCCGAUGGAACAGGUGA